UUCUUCAUUAGCUGUGAUAGGUGUGUACAUGUGUGUGUGUGUACACACACACAUAUAUAAAGCAAAUUAAUUUGGCAAAAAGUAUAUCCCCUAAAAGAAAAGAGAGCAUCUUGAUAUGUUUUACAAAAGCUGGCAAGUACAAAGAUAGUAUAGGGAGAGGUAGAUUACACCUUCACUUCGCCACCACAAUAGGAGAGGCCCACACCCACACCACAUGGCUAAGAACCAAGGGUGGGACAGGAAAUGACCACUGAUCAAAGUGAUCUUUGCUACAGCAUAUUCAUGACUGUGCCCCAGGUUGCAUAGCAAUUUACAAAUAAGAAAAUGUUCAAAUAGCAAGUGUUAUUCAACUAGCAAAACCACAACCAUAUACCGUAAGCCCAUACUGGAAUGGGAACGGCUAAGGAAAUUCUGCAACACCAGGUAACUGCAUAAGCUUCUCCACCUUAAUGCUCCAGGCUAUAGAAAUAUGACUGCAUAGUGUCCUUUGUCUGUCAGGGUAAAUCAUAACUGUUUGGCUUUCAGCUACAUCAACAAUAUAAUGUAGAAAAUCUCUUGAGAUGCAAACUGAGAUGUAUUUCCUAAGUAGGGUGAGUAACAGUGGCAUCAUCAGGAUUUUACAGGAAGGUUCUGGAUUUCCUGCCUGGUAAUAGGUUCAACUGAACUAUGCAAUAUGACAAAUGACUUAGGGAAGCAAUUGGAGAGGUCAACUUGACCACCUCCUGCCCCAACUCUAGUGUUCACUACAUAUGUCCAAUAUUAGCACAAUUACUAUUAUAAAUGCUCUUCACAGGAUAUAGAAUGGAUUGUGCAAUGUUUGAACCCUGCUGUUGAAAUGAAAGCUUAAUUGAUCAAUAAGGUGGUGCUUAUAUAACACAAUAAACAUGUUACAGACAGGUUUGGUAAUGAAUUCCUGUCCCAUUAAACUGGCAUGAUGUUGGAGAGUGACUCACUCAUGUUGAUGUUGAGUAACAAUUUCAAGAACGACCAUCCCUGACUGUAGGCUGUUUACUCCAGUGUUUGAAACUCCCAUUAUUCUAGGCGCUUUUUGCGACAGGGAAUUUCAUUAAUGCGAGCAGUUUCUGACCUCUGGAAGCAGUACUGCUCCUAGUAUUUCAGAUUAAAACUGCCACUGAAUGAAUGAAAGACCCUUCCCACUUCCAGCCAUUCUCUGAGGACUGGAGAAGGGGCCCUCCUAAGAAUAUCAGGGGGGCAGGCAGGGGAAGUAUGGCUUUGUGUUUGUUUGUUUGUUUGUUUGUUUGUUUGUUGCAGUCUUCAGAUGAAGGCUAGACCAUGUGAAAAAUAUAAGAUUUUAUAUGCAGUUCAUUCAUUCCCAGCUUUGUAUUCUUGUUAUAAAAAAGGGAUUUAAGGUGCCAUUUAGCUCCUAGCUUUCAUGUCUGUUUCUAACACUGGUUAACUCUGAAGUAAAUCUCACAUAACUCCAUGUUUCAGAUAAAUAUUCACAGAACUGCUGCUCAGCUUCAUUUAGCACCAUACAAGUACUGUAUCUAGAAAAGGUAAAUUAUCUUGCUCCUAUAUAUUUUUUUUAAGUGAACAAGCAAUAAAGAUAAGUGCACAAUAAAACUGUUGUUCGUUUUAUUUUUACCUCACUUUUAAGGCAAAUAGUCUCCUAAAGCAGCUCUCACCAGUUUUUAAAGCCAUUUUUUCCUAUUCUACCUUGUUCAAAAUAAUAAUAAUAAAAUAAUAAUAAAAUGUAAACACCUUCUCAAGUCUGACUCUCUUAGGCAAUUCCUUAAGAUAGGAAAUUUGGGUUCUGCUAUUUUGGACAAAAUCACAGCUGCAUCGUUCCCAGAAGAAGCACGUGCAAAUAACAAGCACCUCCUUAUUCAUUUGCUCCCUGCGAAUCAGUGACUUUAUACAUCCUUGUGCCUACUCUCUUUUGUUGUUGCAUAAAAAAAACAUUGUGGUUUUAUAACGUUUCCAAAAGGGACAAUUUACCCAACCAACAUUGGAGGGUGGGAGAAGACAGGUGCUUAUUGUGUGUCAAGCAUACAAGUUUUUCGCAGCAUCCAAACGACACCGUUGGCAGCCCGCCCUCGCCCCCCGUUGUUUAUUCCUGAAUCAUAUUUUCUGUGGAAAAUCCAGCGAGUUACAAACAAAACAACAAAACAACACGGCGUAUUUGAUUUCUGAGGUGAUUUCCUUCCAACGCCGUCCCGCGCAUGUUUACUUCAGAAGGAAGCCCGGCCGGUAUCAAGAGAGUUUUUCUUCGUAACGCUGCAAACCGUAACAUUCACUUUCCUGGGAGUAAGCCCUACUGAACCCUAUAGGACUUUCCUCCCAGUAAGCCUGUACAGGAAGGAAUUUCCUGCUCAGCUCCCCUCGAUAUAAGGCGGCGAUUCCGGCCCACACCGGCCCGCCCCCUUUCUGAGAAGAGAGCGCAGGCGCCGUGAGACCGCGAGACGAGAUUUGCCCUUGCCUACUGCUUCCUCUGCUUCCCUCAGAGCGCGAGUUUUUGAGCAGAUGUGUUUCUCUCUCGCCCGCUCCUCGGACUUGACGUUAUCAUCUCUGAGGUAAGGAGUUGGUGUGUCUGCGCAUGGGCGGGGCAGAGGAGUAUAACCGUUGCUCAAAGGGGCGGGGCUUCUUGUCCGCCUGCGUUCCAGUUCCUACCCGCUCGAAUUCACGAGGAGGCCCACCGAACCCACCCAUUCACUCAUGCUCACCAGACGCGCCUGCGCAGAACGGAAAGGCCCCGAUGCCUAGGACGGCGCGCGAGUUUUCGGUGGGCAGUUUCGCUGUCAAUUGACGAGUCGACGGUUCGCGUCAGUUCUGGAAGUCAGUAGUCAGACCACUGUCCGCCCAGCAAAGGCAAACGGCCACUGAGGAGGCUGGGAGUCCUUUCAUAAUAAUUGUAGUAGUAGUAGUAGUAGUAAUAAUAAUAAUAAUAUACCGUUAAUCCAUUUAGCAGAAAUGCAACAGGUGUGUUCCUUGUACCAUCUGUUUCUUCAUGAAAUGAAAUAUCUUUGCCUGUUGAAUUUCUGCCAUGUGAUGGUUAUAGAAGUCUUGCAUGGGGGGUGGGGAGGCCUUUUGAGCAUAGCCACCAGUGAAGGUUUUAAUAUCAAAGCAUAUCCCAAUUGCUCACGAACUGUGUUUUCCAAUUUUGAGAAAUUGUAGGGUGACUGGAAUAAAAACAAUGGUGUCUUAAAUGUAAAUAUGAGACCUGCCUUUUGAGGGGUUUUUUUCUAUCCCCAGCAACUGAGUGCAUUUUGAAAAUGGAAACGCCUGUAUUAAACAAAUCUACACUGCUAUGCUCCACUCCAAAGAACUGCGAGACAUCUGCUCAGAGCAGCAGCAGCAGCUCAGGGAAACAGGUGUGUAGCUUUUAUUAUGUCUCUCCCUCCUAGCUGCUCCUAAACUGGUGUUAUGUCACUGAAUCUUUGGAGAUUUCUGCAAAUCAGAAAGAAAUCUUGGUACAAAAUUUGACCCCAAGCUUAAAGAAAGAAAGAUAUGUAUAAUGCAGGCUUCCUCAAACUCUGUUCGCCAGAUGUUUUUUUGGCCUACAACUCCCAUAAUCCCUAGCUAGCAGGACCAGUGGUCAGGGAUGAUGGGAAUUGUAGUCUCAAAACAACUGGAGGGUAGUUUGAGGAAGCUUGGUAUAAUAGAUAACAUUAGGGUGUUGUUGUUUUUGCCUGUUAUGUGUAUAUGCAUGCAUAUAUAAAACAAAACAAAAAUCAGUUCAUGCAGGUAGCUUGUUUUUUGUUUCCAUAUACCAUUGUUAUUAACAAAAAAAAACUUCGUUCUUACUACUCCCAUAUUACAUUCACUUUAGCCAAUGAGUGCAACUCUAAGAGAACGAUUGAAGAAAGCAAGACGGUCCUUUCAUUCAGCUUUCACGGUUUCAAAGCGUCUUAAAAUAGAUGAUGAAAACAACGGCAGUCCUUGUGAAGGAAGGGCUUUAUCUAAAGGAGAGACAUGUUCUAAGUCACAAAAUGAGGGUGAACAUUUAGAAAAAGUUCCUGAUGCCACCAUGUGUUUGAAAAGUGCUUUGCAAGAGAGAGAGCUCUGUGUAUUGAAAUAUACUGGAUGUAGUGAAGCUAUACAAAGCUCUCCAGAAGUUCAGUCAGAAACAAAUUGCAGGCAACGGGAACUAUUGGAUGAAAAGAGAACGUUAGCAAAGAAGAUUCAGGAAAAGGAGGAAUUUCUUCGAAGACUUAAACUCGUCAAAAUGUACAGAUCAAAGGUGAGACGAUAAAAUGUUCUUGAAAAUGUAUUUAAUUGAAAAUGUUCAUUUUGUUUUAGCCCUAUUGAGAGCUUUUAGAAAUAAGCAAGUACUGCAACGAAAUGUGUGUUCCAAUAUUUCCUUAGUUCUCUUUUAAUUCUAGCACUGCAAUUAAGCGAAGUACUACAUUAACCCAAAUGCUGCUCCCAUCUGGCAUUUUGCAGUGUAGCCAUCGUCAACCAUAGAAAUGACUUAUUGUAGACACAGGAUGCUGACACCAAAAAAAUGCACUUAUGUGCAAGUCUUGUUUAUGUGCAAGUCCUUGUGUCUCUCCCGCUGUCUUUUUUCCUUUGUGACUUAUCCUGAAUAAAAAUUAUAUCUCAUUUUAGCUCUGUAAAAUUAUGAAGGUGAUAAUUUAAUGUUAAUCAUACUUGGAGUAGACUCAUUGAAAUCAAUGGACACUUAAGUCAGUUGCCUUUAGUGAUUCAGUUCUGCACAGUAUCCAUAGCAUUUUUUCUGCUAGCCCAAGGAUUUCCUUCUGUGCAAUAGAAUUCCCCCCGCCCUUUCUCUACCCUCAAGUACCUUCCCCAGAUCUGCUCCAGUGGGUUGGGGGAGAACCCAGAAGAGAUUUAGGGGCAUGGGAAGGGAGGUUCAGUUACACAGUGAAAAGUACUUGUGCUGAUGGAACAAGUGAAGCUCUCUAUGUACAUUGAUGGUUCUGUGUAAAUAGGAAGUAGUUCUUCAAGCAAAUGCUGCAAAAUGAGGCUAACGUCUGAUAUGGAAAGUAACUGGAUACCAAAGAUUGAUAAAACAUAAUUUUAAAAUGCCAUUCUUUUAGGUAAAUUUUCCACUAGAAUCUUUUAACUUUUUUUUUUUUUAAAGAAUUGUUGAGAGGUCUAGCACUUAAGUUUUCAAAUAUUGCAGAUUUAGAAAAGGGAGAGAACUUGUCAAAUGUGAUGUAUGCUUGUUUGUUAAAUCAGUACUGGGAUAUUACCAAACAACUUCAGCUUUUUUGUCUUCCUCUUGCAGAAUAACCCAACAGAGUUGCGGUCUCUAAUAUCAAAAUGGCGGUGCAGUUCCCAAGCAAUGCUAUAUGAGCUACAGUCAUCCUUGUCUACAGAUAACAGGAAAUUAAGUCUCACUCAAUUGAUAGACAAUUUUGGAUUAGAUGAUAAACUGUUACAUUACAUUAGAACAGAAGAAGACUUUACAGAUGCAUGAUACGGGUGUUUCUAUUUCAUUCUUAACACAUCAGAAGAUAAAUAUUUUCAAAGUUUAAAUUUGGCUUUUGAGCUGCAUUGCUGGACUGUUGUGAAUCCUUGAAUCUUUUAAAUAUUAAAAGACUGCUGCAAAAAGUACCCGAUUAGUUCAAUCAGUAUGUGAAACUCAGCCCCCAUCCCAUUAUCCUUGAUUCUCAAUGCCCCUUUAGGUCUUAAAGCUGCUGUUAGAAUAGAAGACAACUGCCACACUUACACUGCUGCAAUUUUAAAAGUCCAGUAGCCCUGUUUUGCCAAUCCACUUUCCUUUCUACAGGUGGUGCAGUCUGCUUUUCCUGCAUCUUAGCUGAAGUUUUCACUCAGUCCUACUUUCUUUAACACACUUCUUUAAAGUUCAUAUCCCCACUGCACAACAUUUGGCCCACUGCCUGUAUUGUGCUUUAGACAACUGUCUUUGAAUCCCGGCAAGCCUCAAAGGUUUCACCACCACACAACAAGCACAAUAUAAUAUAGGUAUUUCUUUUCUUUUUUUAUUCCAUUGUAAAAUACAUAGUGAAUAAUAUGUCUUUUGAGAAUCAAAACGAGUUGCAAUGUAAUAUCUAAAGCUAUCUUAAAUGUGCUUAGGAAAAACCCACUUUUUUAUUUAACACAAGAGAAAUUUAUUGCUUCUAGGUGCGGACGAAUCACCUUGCUAAAACUCUUGCACAUCAAAGAAAGCUGGGAAUGUUCUCAUUCUCAGUCUCUCCACUUCAGCUUGAAGGACUGACAACUCCUGUGCCUGUGCUUUUGCAAGAUCCACAAGCUGCUGUCUCUGCACAAUGUCCUCGUAAUGCUCUUUAGAAACCCUUUGAUUAAGCAGCUCCGAGUCUGU